AUGAACAACACCUUCAACGACCUCUUCAAGAAGGCUCAUGGCGCGUUAGCAACCCUACGAGGCCAAAACAAUAUCUUCUUGGGGAAGGACGGGGAAGUGGUCUUCUCCAAGAACAAUGUUUGUGUUCACGAGUCCUCGGUAGGGGGAGUUCCGGCAAGUUAAUUUCGUUUUAUAACGCUAUAUCAGUAUUUACAUAGUAAACAUAUAAACUAUAGAAAAACCAAUAAUAAACAGUUUUUUAUUCAUUUCAAUGCAUUUUCGACAAACUAAUGCAGUAAGGAGAAUUAAACAUAAUAAAUCUUACAAGAUAUUUUGUAGAAAGUUGACGAAAGCAAUGUAGUACACACCCCCGGCUACUUGACCGUACAUUGUUUGAACGACGAGCAGACUGGAGUUACGCUGGUCUUACAAUGGCUUCCAAAUGCUACACUGGAGAAGAACCCAAGCAGGUGAGAACAAAAACAACAUUGAAUUACCAAUUAACAUUAUCGUAUUACCAACAAGUACUGUAUUUUAAAUUGCCUUACAGUAUUCGAUGUGUUUCUCCUCGAAGUCGCGCAAAAACAAGUAAUGGAGAAGCACCAGAACUGGCACACUCAAACGGACCUUCAAUUGUCGUUGAUCCGACUGUUGUUAUAGUAGAAGACACAGCCUCAACAUCAACGGAUCGACCAACAUCACUAAAUCCGGUAAGUUAAACCUGCUUUUGUUAGAAAAUCAACUUCCAGAGCGAUGAACUUGGAGUUCCGGCCAUAAAAGUGAUACCAAACACUCCGCUGGAUCCAAAUCACAAAAAACUACUUGAUGGCUUCAACGAAGACGAACUCGAAGCCAUGAAGAAGAAUUCCGAAGGCAAGAAAAACUCAGAUGCUGAAUCUACAGGGUCUGGUCACACUUCUGGAGCAGACGAAAUGUCAGACAAAGAAGACGUUUCAGAAGCAUCGUCCAUCGACGAGGACGACGAAGAAAUUCAGAAAAGUAUGUCAGAUUGUCGCGUUAUCAGCCAUUUUAGUCAAAAAUAUUAACUUGGACACUUACCGCAAGACCUGCCAGAACUUCAUGGACAAGACGCCAGAGCAGUUUGCCCAAGAACAUAAUCUUAUACUCAACACAGGUUCCAAGAUGGACGAUUCGAGUGUCCUAGCCAUGGCCAAAGACAAGGUCAUGUUCCAACAACGACCUGUCUCCAACUCAUCGCUGUUUUCCGUUAACCUGGGUAAAAUGAGGUCGAUGAGGUUGUUCUUCUCUAAUCCUGACUGCACUAGUGGACAACUUGUUAUUGCCAGCAACGAAGCACAAUACAAGAUACUACACUUUCAUCACGGGGGAUUGGACAAAUUGGCCAAAAUCUUUGAGCAAUGGAACACGUUAAAGUCCAAAUCUGUCAAAGAUGUAGGUCCUUACAUAAAACCACAUAAAUAUAAAUAAUGUUUCACUUUGCGUGAAAUCACUAUUUGAGAGAAUGUAUUUAAAGCCAAAUGCUGUUUACUAGAACAUCAAGUUAUUAUCCUGUUUAAUAACAACAACACACCUCUUCAGGGAUCUCCAUCACCUAUCCCAGACCGCCAUCUCCUCAUCUGCCAACCAGAAGUCAGCCGGACUGAACUGGACCCAGAAGACGGCCUCUAUGAUCGUGUGAGUUUCGACUUCUGGAAAACGUACAUGAACAAAGACGGGUCGAUCGACGACAACUUCACCAUCAGAAAGGCCAUCUACUUUGCAUCUAUGGACAUAUCAGUGCGGAAGGAGGUUUGGCCCUUCCUCCUUCGAGUUUACACCUGGAAUUCAACUUUCGAACAGCGAGAAACGGUCAGGAACGACCUCUUCCUCGAAUAUCAGAACAUCAAAAAGAAAAGGUACCUAAAACAACAUACAAUAUCUGACAAUACUUAACGAAUGCCUACCUCUAAGCUAAAACUAAUUUUCCAACAUUUAGAAUGAAGAAAAUGAACUCGAACCCAAAAAGUUCGUUGAUUCAAAUUGAAAGUACGAUAUGGAAAGACGUGGUACGAACUGAUAGAUGUAAUCCUUACUUUUCCGGUGAUCACAACCCUAACCUUGAAAUCAUGAAGUACGUUUACAAUUAACAAAGUUUACACUGAAAAAUUUUACAAUUCUUGCGAAAUCCGACAAAAUUUUGUUUUCCGAUCUGCGUCCUACUAUAAUCGACUGUUUAUACGAAAAAACAUGUUUUAAAAAAAUUUUGAAGCUAUUUUUUUAUAAAACUGAUUUCAGAGACAUACUGUUGAAUUAUGCUUCGAUGUAUCCAGAAAUCAACUACAUUCAGGGAAUGUCUGAUCUUCUGGCGCCCAUUUUGGCCACGCUGAAGAACGAAUCUGAUUCCUACUGGUGCUUCUCGGGUCUGAUGCACCAGACAUUGUUCUGCACUACAUCCAACACCGAGACAAACGCGAUGGAGAUGAAUCUGGAGUAUCUGAGAGAGUUGAUGAAGCUGAUGGAGCCCAAGUUCUUCCAAUAUCUUGUUCACCUUGGUGGAGAUGCCCUUCAGCUGAUGUUCGUCCACAGAUGGUUGUUGUUAUUCUUUAAACGAGAGUUCCCCGAGUCUGACGCGCUGCACAUAUGGGAGGCGUGUUGGUCAAUGUAUCGUACCAAAUACUUUCAUCUUUUUGUCGCCGUAGCGAUCGUGAGCAUAUACGGGCCUGAUGUCAUGUCGCAGAAGCUGCCUCAUGAUGAGAUUCUACUUUACUUUUCGAGUUUGGCGAUGCAUAUGGACACAACUGUGGUUUUGAAAAAAGUAGGUAAAGGUUUAAAAUUUGAUGCAUGAUAAUAAAAAGUCACACAGUUCAAAGAGUAUAACACUAACAAGUAUCGAAUGUGUUAACUAAAUUAGAGUCGCAUAUCUAUAAAACAAAUUGAUAAGUGAACAUUUUGUAGGCUAGAGGUCUACUAUACAAUUUCUAUCGUCUCGACCGUAUUCCGUGCACACUGGCUGAUCUGAUGGAUCAGGACUCAACUGUGGAGCAAUGGAGCAGUCACAUGCCUCAGUACGUGUUCGAAUGCACUCGAGUUCAUGGCCAGAAUGAGCGGUGUCCCUUUGCCAAUCAAACUUAA